GGCGACUGUGGUGCUCUGGAGCUGGGGAGUUUAGUGCGGGCCCGGCUUUCUAAGGGACUCGCUUCUCGGACAGUCGUUGUUACUGCGAGUUUCCUCCUCCUCGCUGCAUCCCCUGAUGAUGUACGGAGGGGUCGGAGGUUCUCGACGAACUGCAGAAGAAGCAGGCCCGCCGCCCCUAAUGUUGUUGUCAGGCGGGGGAGCGGUCCCCGGGCCCCCCGGAGGAGGUGGAGGAGGAGGUGGAGGUGGGAGUAGCCGUGUGGAGCUGCUGGUGUUCGGCUAUGCCUGCAAGCUGUUUCGAGAUGAUGAGAAGGCUCAGUACCAGGAGCAGGGGCGACACCUUAUUCCUUGGAUGGGAGACCCCAAGAUCAUGAUCGAUAGGUACGAUGGGCGUGGUCACCUACAUGACCUCUCUGAAUAUGAUGCUGAAUAUUCCACGUGGAACAGAGAUUAUCAAUUGUCAGAAGAGGAAGCUAGAAUAGAAGCCCUCUGUGAUGAAGAGAGGUAUUUAGCCUUGCAUACGGACUUGCUUGAGGAGGAGGCGAGGCAAGAGGAGGAAUAUAAAAGACUGAGUGAAGCUUUGGCAGAGGAUGGUACUUACAAUGCAGUGGGAUUCCGUUAUGGCAGUGAUUAUUAUGACCCUUCAGAACCCACUGAGGAGGAGGAGCAUCAGCCUGCAAAACAAAGAGAAACAGCUCAGACAGAAAAUGUAGAAGAAAAUGAAGAACCUUUUGUUGCCCCUCCGGGACUGAAUGUACCUUCUGACGUGGAACUGCCACCAACAGCAAAAAUGCAUGCGAUUAUAGAACGAACUGCAAACUUUGUCUGCAAGCAGGGAGCACAGUUUGAGAUUAUGCUAAAAGCCAAGCAAGCACGCAACUCCCAGUUUGACUUCCUGCGAUUUGAUCACUACCUCAAUCCCUACUACAAAUUCAUUCAGAAGGCUAUGAAAGAGGGACGAUAUGCUGCUCCUUCUGAAAAUAAAGCAGACGAGAAAAAACGUAAAGCCAAAUCUGAGGAAGAAGACGAUGAUGACGACGACGAUGAUGGAAAUUAUCUGCAUCCGAGUCUCUUUGCAUCUAAAAAAUGCAGUAGGCUUGAAGAGCUCAUGAAGCCUUUGAAGGUGGUAGACCCUGAUCAUCCACUUGCAGCACUGGUGCGCAAAGCACAAUCAGAUAAUAACUCGUCUACACCGCAGUCAACAGAUGGGGCAGCUGUACAGACAUCACAAGCAGAAUAUUCUUCUGAUUCAACUGUGGCAGCCAUGUAUUAUAGUUACUAUAUGCUACCCGAUGGAACCUAUUGCCUUGCACCUCCACCUCCAGGAAUAGAUGUUGCCACCUACUACAAUGCAUUGCCAGCAGGCGUGACUGUAUCAAGCACUACAGGGGUAGCAACAGUACCUCCACCCCCUGGUACAACACCUCCACCUCCCCCAGACACAACCGAUAGCAGCAGUGCGUUGACUUCUACCACAACAUCUACAAGCACAAUUGCUCCAGUGGUUGCCAUUAUACCUCCACCCCCAGAUAUCCAACCUGUUAUUGAUAAGCUAGCUGAGUAUGUUGCUAGGAAUGGGAUAAAAUUUGAAACCAGUGUUCGUGCCAAGAAUGAUCUCAGAUUUGAGUUCCUGCAACCGUGGCACCAGUAUAAUGCUUAUUAUGAAUUUAAAAAACAGUUCUUCCUUCAAAAAGAGAGCAGUGACAACUGUCAGGGAGUAUCUUCAUCUGAAGAUGUUCCAGCAGAUUCUGCCGGUGAUACACCAAGUGAGACUCAAUUUGCAGAUGAACAUGCACCUGAAGAUGCAUCCGAGCCAAGUGCUAAGGGAGUUCCAGGAACUAAAAAGGAUGUUCCUCCUAAAACUGUCAGUGAUGGUAAAUUGGUGAAAGCAUCAUUUGCUCCAAUAAGUUUUGCAAUCAAGGCCAAAGAAAAUGACCUUCUUCCUUUGGAGAAAAACCGUGUUAAAUUAGAUGAUGACAGUGAUGAGGAGGAAGAAGAGGGCAAGGAAGGCCAAGAGAAUGCUAAUAGUGCUUCAAACCAUACUCCAGCUGUUACCACACCUUGUACUGCUGCUGAAGAGAAAAAACCUCAACUUACACAGGAGGAGCUGGAAGCUAAACAAGCAAAGCAGAAACUAGAGGAUAGAUUAGCAGCUGCAGCAAGAGAGAAGCUUGCACAGGCCUCCAAAGAAUCAAAAGAAAAGCAGCUACAAGCAGAGCGCAAAAGGAAAGCUGCACUGUUCUUGCAGACCCUGAAGAACCCUCUGGCAGAGGCAGAAACUGAGAAAAUUGAAGAGAAUUCCUUCAGUAACGAG